AUGGAUCCCAAGGGCCAGCCUGGCACCUUUAAACGGUCCUCCCUCAAACGCUCCACAUCUGGCUCGCAGAAGGCACAGAGAGCUUGGAUUGAGAGGACCUUUGUGAAAAGAGAAUGUAUUCACAUAUUUCCCAGCAAGGAUCCAACCAGAUGUGCCUGUGGUCAGCUGACGACGCAGCACGUGGCCAUCCCUCCUGGUGCCAACUCACUAGAGGAAGCCCACCAGCUGGUGCAGAUUGACACCCCAAAGGACAAAUGGUCCGUGAUCAAGCACACCAGGACGUACCCGACGGACUCCUUUGGCAUCAUCGAGUUCCAGGGAGGAGGUUUCAUCAACAAGGCCAUGUAUAUCCGGGUUUCAUACGACACCAAACCCGACAACCUCCUGCAUUUGAUGGUGAAGGACUGGCAACUGGAGCUGCCCACCCUGCUCAUCUCCGUACACGGAGGUCUGCAGAACUUCGACCUCCAACCCAAACUCAAGCAAGUGUUUGGCAAAGGUCUGAUCAAAGCGGCCGUCACCACCGGAGCUUGGAUCUUCACGGGUGGAGUCAACACGGGGGUGAUCCGUCAUGUCGGAGACGCCUUAAAGGACCAUUCCUCAAAGUCACGAGGAAAAGUGUGUGCAAUAGGAAUUGCUCCAUGGGGGAUCUUGGAAAACAAAGAGGACCUCAUUGGAAAAGAUGUAACCAGACCCUAUCAGACGAUGGCAAACCCACUUAGCAAGCUGGCUGUGCUCAACAACAGUCACUCCCACUUCAUCCUCACCGACAACGGAACCUGCGGAAAGUACGGCUCCGAGGUCAAACUCCGUCGGCUGCUGGAGAAGCACAUCUCCCUUCAGAAGAUCAACACUCGUUUGGGUCAGGGUGUCCCUCUGGUGUGUCUGAUUGUGGAGGGAGGUCCCAACGUUAUCUCCAUCGCCCUGGAGAGUCUGAGAGACGAGCCUCCCAUCCCUGUGGUGGUGUGUGACGGCAGCGGUCGCGCCUCUGACAUCAUUUCCUUUGCGCACAAGUUCUCAGAGGACGGAGGCCUGGUUAACGAUGACGUCAGAGAUCAACUUUUAGUGACUAUUCAGAAGACGUUCAAUUAUAGCAAAAGCCAAUCGCAGCAGAUCCUGCUCAUGGUAAUGGAGUGCAUGAAGAAAAGGGAACUGGUGAGUAGAAGAACAAAGAGAUUCAAAUCCUGCAUUUGUUCACAUAUUCCAGAUCAUCUUGUGUUUGAAAAUGUCUGUCAAUCAAUAAAUAUUUUUGACUUGUGAAGCA